AUGGCGGUUGCCGUCCUGCUGCGCCAGAGGACGCUCUCGUCGCCCCACGCGGUCUCCUCGUGCCGAAAUGUUGUAUAUACUUGUGGCCUUUUUUCCAAUUCUGAUCUACACUCAAUGGUGAACUCUACUAAUUUGAGAUUUUGGAGGACCUACCAUAACUCUGGGAAGUUUGAUUUGACUGAUCUGACGCAUCCUCAUAUCUGGUACCCUAAAGCCCGAGAAAAGAAGCGUAAUGUGUUUUUACAUGUUGGCCCUACAAACAGUGGGAAAACUUAUAGUGCUCUCAAGAGACUAGAAGCCAGCUCUUCAGGUGUGUACUGUGGACCUCUGAGAUUGUUAGCAAGAGAGAUAGCCCAAAGGUUAAACAAAGUUAACAUCCCUUGUAACUUGAUUACUGGACAAGAAAGGGACGAAAUUGAAGGUGCAAAACAUAGUUCAGUGACAGUUGAGAUGGCUGAUGUGACAACUGACUAUCAAUGUGCUGUUAUUGAUGAAAUUCAGAUGGUUGGCUGUAAAUCAAGGGGUUAUUCGUUCACACGUGCACUUCUGGGGCUUUGUUCAGAUGAACUUCAUGUGUGUGGUGACCCAGCUGCUGUUCCCCUUAUCCAGCGAAUUCUUGAAGCUACUGGUGAUGUAGUUACGGUUCAAUAUUAUGAGAGACUAUCUCCUUUGGUUCCUCUGAAGUCUCCACUUGGGUCUUUCUCUAACAUCAAGGCAGGAGAUUGUUUAGUAACAUUUUCAAGACGUGGAAUUUAUACUCUCAAGAAAAGAAUUGAAAGGGAGGGAAAACAUCUUUGCUCUGUGGUCUAUGGUUCAUUGCCACCAGAAACUCGAACAAAGCAGGCGACAAUGUUCAAUGAUGAUACCAGUGACCUUAAUGUGCUAGUAGCUAGUGAUGCUAUUGGAAUGGGUCUUAAUCUGAACAUUUCCAGAAUUAUUUUCUCUACAAUGAUGAAGUUUGACGGUUUCUGCAACAGGGAACUAACUGUGGCCGAAAUCAAACAGAUCGCUGGCAGGGCUGGGAGAUAUGGGUCUAAGUUCCCUGUUGGAGAAGUGACCUGUCUAAAUGCUGAAGAUCUCCCAUUGCUGCACUCGUCUCUGAAAUCAGCUUCCCCCAUUAUAGAGCGUGCUGGACUUUUCCCCACAUUUGAUUUAUUAUCUUUGUAUUCACGAUUACAUGGAACUGACUUUUUUCACCCUGUACUGGAACGUUUCUUGGAGAAGGCUAAACUAUCACCAGACUAUUUUAUUGCUGAUUGUGAAGAUAUGCUGAAGGUUGCUGCUAUAGUUGAUGAUUUCCUCUCGGAUUGUAUGAUAAAUACCUCUUCUGUAUCAGUGGACAUACGUGAUGAUAUAUCUGUCCAAGGACUAGUUCAGUUUGCAGAAAAUUAUGCAAGGAAAGGCAUUGUUCGACUUAAAGAGAUAUUCACACCUGGAACAUUACAGGUUCCUAAAACAGACAAUCAACUCAAGGAGCUUGAAUCUGUUCACAAGGUCCUAGAGUUAUAUGUGUGGUUAAGCUUCAGAAUGGAUGAUUCCUUUCCAGACCAUGAAGUGGCUGCCUCUCAAAAGUCAAUCUGUAGCAUGUUGAUCGAAGAAUAUCUGGAGAGGUCAGGAUGGCAACCACAAGGCCGAAGAAAGUUUUUGCGUGGAGCACAAAAGCUGCUCCAAGAAUACGAUGAAUCGCAAUUGCGCAAAUAUUUUCAAGAAGUCAACCCAGGACCAAAGUAG